CUGAGAUCCAACAACUGCAACACACCUGACACCUCUGCUCACAGAUUCAGGAAGGUACAGAGAAUAAUAAACAAAUGGUUUUAGCUUCUGAUGUAAAGAGGUCUGAGCAAAUUUGUUGUGUUGCAUAAGUAAGUACACCGGCUUUACAGGAAGUAUCUCCACAGGUCAAGUCUCCAGUUUAGCUAAGUUCAAACACUCUUUGGUGGUUCAGUUCACAAGACUGGCUUUAUACACUUUUGUGUUUGUAAUUUUAUGAGUUGUCAUUAAUCUCAUUGACCUGGGUGGUCAGUCUUUCUCUCAUCAUCCUGGAGUCUGUACCUCUUUAUAUCCAGUCACACACACACUAAUAUCUCCUGUCUUACUAUGUGUGUAAAUGUGCUCAUGACAGAAAAUCAUUUCAUUUAUUCAACAUAUUCACCUCUUGAUGAAUUUGAUCUGUAACAGUUGACUGUACUACAAUUAAAGCUGUGCUGCCUCAGGGUCUUAGGAUCAGGACCAUCCAGUCCUGGUUUUGGUCCUGGUCCCUUUUGUACAGAGAUUCUCUAAAUCUGUUUAUGAUAUUAUAUCCUGUAGAUGAUGAAAUCCACUCAUGCUUUGACAUUUUACACUCAGGAGGAUUACUCUGAAAGUAUUUCACUGAGUGGUGAACCUCUUCCCAUCUUUCCUUCUGACAGUCUCUCUCAAUGUCCUUUUUAAACUAAAUGUUACCAACCUGUUAAAAAUAAACAGUCGGAUAUUCAUCUAUAUUUUUCACAGUGCAGUCAGGUUUAUAGUUUCAACAGUUGAUAUGUUGUCUUGUUUCAGUUAACAAUCAUAGACUUUAAAUGAUUUGAAAACUAUGAAAAUCUGGUUUAAUCAACAUUUUACAGCAUUCAACAUUUCUGUAGAUGGGCUGACUUAAACUGUUCUCCUUUGACACCAAGCUUUAACACUUUGUCUUUAGUUAAUGUAACCACCUCUUCUCCAUUCAGGCCUAAAACCUGGAAACAGUCCAACAAAGCUCCACCCUGUUUAUGACUCAUCAUGAACCAAGAAACAGGAAGACUUUUUUCUACUCUCGGAUUCAUGAGCACCUGCACACACAAGACGACAACAUUUUAUGUGAGAGGAUUAUAGAGUAAAACGUCCACAGAAAAUGAGCGGCUUCAGGAGGAAACACUGAGUAUACUGGAAUACUGCGACUUUAACCAAGUACUGACUGCAGACGGAACGGAGCUUCAGAAAAGACAGGAGUCAAAGUAAAAGUAAGUUCCAGUAAACUCUGUGGAGGAGGGAGUGGAGCCUCACCAGUCGGAGCUGUUUGAACUUUCUGCCUGUCCAGAGUUUAGCUUCACUCAGAGGAAAAUGGCGUCUUGUUUAGAAGAGGAUCUGUGCUGCUCUAUCUGCCAUGACAUCUUCAAAGAUCCUGUGGUUCUGUCAUGUAGCCACAGCUUCUGUAAAGACUGUCUGCAGAGCUGGUGGACAGAGAAACAGACCCAGGAGUGUCCAGUCUGUAAGAGAAGGUCUUCAAAGGCAGAACCUCCUUGUAACUUGGUGUUAAAGAACCUGUGUGAGACCUUCUUACUGCAGAGAGAUCAGAGAGCUUCAUCAGACUCUGAGGCUCUCUGCAGUCUGCACUCUGAGAAACUCAGACUCUUCUGUCUGGAUCAUCAGCAGCCAGCAUGUCUCGUCUGCAGAGACUCUAAAAUACACUCCAACCACACAUUCAGACCCAUGGAUGAAGCUGCUCAAGGUCUCAGAGACCAGCUCCAGAAAAACCUGAAACCUUUACAGGAGAAACUGGAGAGUCUCACUGAAAUCAAGGAGGACUGGGAUCAAACAGGAAACCACAUCAAGGCCCAGGCUGCAAACACAGAGAGGCAGAUAAAGCAGCAGUUUAAGAAGCUUCACCAGUUUCUAGAAGAGGAAGAGGAGGCCAGAAUCUGUGCUCUGAGGGAGGAAGAGGAGCAGAAGAGUCAGAGGAUGAAGGAGCAGAUGGAGGCUGUGAGCAGAGAGAUAGCAGCUCUUUCAGACACAGUCAGAGCCACAGAGGAGGAGCUGAGAGCUGCAGACGUCUCAUUCCUGAAAAACUACAAGGCUGCAGUGGAAAGAGUCCAGCAGCGCCCCCUGUUGGAGGAUCCACAGCUGCCCUCAGGAGCUCUGAUAGAUGUGGCCAAACACCUGGGCAACCUGGGCUUCAACAUCUGGAACAAGAUGAAGGACAUGGUCUCCUACAGUCCUGUGAUCCUGGACCCAAACACUGCUGGUCUAGAACUCAUCCUGUCUAAAGAUCUGACCAGUGUGAGAGAAGGAGAGGAGCAGCAGCUUCCUGAUAAUCCAGAGAGAAUACGUUACUACAGUUGCUCUGUCCUGGGUUCUGAGGGCUUCAACUCAGGGACUCACAGCUGGGACGUCGAGGUUGGAGAAAAUACAUACUGGGAUGUAGGUGUGUUUGAGGAAUCUGCAGACAGGAAGGAAGACAUUGACAGUGGAGUAUGGAGAAUAGCGUUUUUGGAAGAUGAAUACAGCGCAGUAACUCCAUCAGAUGAUCGUGUUGAUCUGUCAGUGAGAGGACGUCCUCAGAGGAUCAAAGUCCAUCUGGACUGGGACAGAGGAAAACUGUCAUUCUCUGAUCCUGACACUAACACACACAUACACACCUUCACACACACUUUCACUGACAAACUGUUUCCAUACAUUUGGACUUUAGAUUCACCUCGUCUGAAGAUAUUACCAAUUAAGGUCUCUGUAUCAGUGAAACAGUAAAAGUAGAGAUGAUGAUGAUGAUGAUGAUGAUGAUGAUGAUGAUGAUGAUGAUGAUGAUGAUGAUGAUGAUGAUGAGAAAGAUGAUGGUGUUGAUGAUGAUGAUGAAGAUAUAAUGAGGAUAAAGGUGAUAAUGGAGAUAAUGAUGAUGAUGAAGUUGUUGUUAAUGAUGAUGAUGAUGAAGAUAUAAUGAGGAUAAAGGUGAUAAUGGAGGUAAUGAUGAUGAUGAUGAUGAUGAUAAUGACUGAAGUGUUUUUUCCUCUUUUCUUCUUUAGUAAUCAGGUUCUCACAGAUUUGUUUUCAUGUGCACAAGUUUCUAGAACUCUGUAAUGUUAAUGAAAAGAAAAAAUACUUUUUUUUUUUUUUCUUCAGGUCUUAACUAAACUUGUUCCAGUCAUUAACUACAUCAAUGCAUUUAUAUGUCACAGUUUGCAUCAAUGUCUUUUUAAAUGGUCUGUAGACAGCUUUUGUUUGAUGAGUUUAAUGAAAUGUUUUGAGGUUUUUUUUUGCCAACCUUUGAUACAGGGGAUAUCUUAGUGUCAGUAAAAUAAACAGAAGGCACAAGUGUGUCUGGAAAAUGUG